CUCACCGUCUCCCUCCCCGCAAAGCCAAACCCCUUCCUGCUGCCGCCCAGCACCCACGCCACGCUGUCCAGCCUGCACAAGCGCCUCGACGCCCCUCUGACCGCGGUCAACACCUUUAGCUUCCACAACGUCUCGGCCGACUCGUACCUGCUCGACGUGCACUGCGCCACGGACACUUUCCAGCCGCUGCGCGUCGACGUCGGCGAGGAUGGCGCCGUCAAGGCCUGGGAGACGUUCCGCGGCAACGAGUGGGGGAAUAAAGGCGAGGAGGUGCCCGUCAAGAGCGAGGGGAACAGUCGGAGGGGGUUCAGCGUCAAGGCGCUGGGGGGCAAGAUUUUCUUCCUGGAGAGGCCUGCGUUCUCCGUGCUGAGCAUCCUCAAGAGCCCCAUGAUCUUAAUGGGCAUCGUCACAAUGGGCAUCGUAUUCGGCAUGCCGUACCUCAUGGACAACAUGGACCCCGAACUGCGCGCCGAAUUCGAAGAGCGACAAAAGGACAGCCCCCUCAACGCCAUCAUGGGCAACGCCCAGGCGGGACAGAACCCGCUCGGCAACUUUGAUAUGGCGGCUUACCUUGCGGGGUCUGGUAAAAAAGAAGGC